AUGUUGCGUUUGGCAAACAGGCGUAGUCGCAAGCCUUAUCAUUUAUUAUCUGCAGCCCAUCGUCGUUGUUUGGCAAAAUUAGAAAGAACUGCACGUAAUGAAUACGAAUGUAUACAACAGCAGAAUUUAGAUCUUGCUAGAGCCGAUUCAGAUUUUGUCAACAAAAAACAAAUUCUUGCGGAACGCAAUCAGACUAAAGAGGAUGAAAUUUUUGUAUCUUCUGAUGCAUCAGUUGAUGAUGUGCAAUUUACUUUUAAUGAGAUCGAUGAAGUAUUAAAUUCUUCAAACGUUGAAUCCGUUAAUGAAUCCAUUUCAGAUUAUGAUAAUGCGGUAAAUAUUGAGUCUCAAAAUACUAUCGAUAAUUUUCAAGAACGCCUUGCUGAAACUUUCGUAUGCAAUGAUAUGUCUCAUACGCAAAUAAACGCUGUUUUACAAGUUGUUCGAACACAUCCUUGUUUAUUUACUUUGCCAAAGGAUAGUAGAACGCUUCUAAAAACUCCACGGACCGCGCACUCAACACUUAACAUUGCAGGGGGUGAAUAUCUUCAUUUAGGAGUUGAGACAGGAAUUCUUUUCAUUCUUCAACAAACCUCUCCGGAAUUGAUUCCACUUGAUCCUUUAAUGAUAGACUUUAGCACAGAUGGUGCAACACUAGAUGGGCAGGUGGCCAAAGAGUCGUUCGUGUUCUCGACCAUAGAGGACGAGAAGGGAGAGAAGUUGGACGAGAUGUUUGGGGUGAAGCCGAGUUUCUUAAGAAUAUUACCCGGUCGUUGCUUGUUGCCACCGAAAAUCGUCUUUUACGCGCAAAAAAUACGCGACUUUACCGUAUACGAGGAUGACGUUUGGAUGGUCUCGCAUCCUCGUACUGUGGCCAAAGAGUCGUUCGUGUUCUCGACCAUAGAGGACGAGAAGGGAGAGAAGUUGGACGAGAUGUUUGGGGUGAAGCCGAGUUUCUUAAGAAUAUUACCCGGUCGUUGCUUGUUGCCACCGAAAAUCGUCUUUUACGCGCAAAAAAUACGCGACUUUACCGUAUACGAGGAUGACGUUUGGAUGGUCUCGCAUCCUCGUACUGGAAGUCACUGGGCGCAGGAAAUGGCAUGGUGCAUCGGAAAUAAUUUCGAUUACGAAAAUGCUCGCACGCUUCUCAUCAUGCGAAGUCCUUUACUCGAAGGUUCGGCUGUCAUGAUCAACGGAAAUUAUGACGAGUGGUUUACGAAACUAGGUGAUUCCAUCGAAAAUAUAACAAAGAUGCCGAGGCCGCGAUAUAUCAAAUCUCAUUUGCCGUGGGACUUAUUGCCGAGACAGCUUCACGAAAAGAAGCCAAAGAUAAUGUACGUUGCGAGAAAUCCAAAAGACACCUGUGUCAGUUUUUAUCAUUACUGCAGAGUAUUCCAUGGUAUGAAAGGAAGCUUCGACGACUUCGCGGAAUUGAUGCUGCACGAUAGUACCCCGUUGAGCCCAUUUUGGAAUCAUGUUCUACCCUUCUGGAAGAUAAGAGAUCAGGAUAACAUAUUAUUUAUGACAUACGAGGAAAUGAAAAGGGAUCAGAUAGCGGUGAUUAAGAAGACAGCGAAAUUUUUAAGCAAGAACGUGACAGACGAGCAGAUCGUCGGGUUGUGCGAACACUUAAAAUUUUCAAAAAUGGCGACGAAUCCGUCGGUGAACAUGGAACUACUGCUGGGAAACAGAAAGGCGCAAGAAGAGGAUCCAGAUGACAAGUUUAUCAGGAAAGGCAAAGUCGGCGAUUGGACGAAUUAUAUGUCGGACGAUCUCGCUCGACGAUUCGACGAAUGGAUGGAGAAGCAUUUGUGCGGAACUGGCCUCAAAUUUCAUACAGAUAUUGCAUCCGACGAAGAAUAA